UUUAAAAAUGUGUGUACUAGAAUUUCCAUAAGAUUUUCUGAUAAGAUAAUAAAGGUUCACCAUUCACCUAAACUUUUCAUUAAUCUUCUCAAAUCAAAUGAAAAAAGCCCGCCAAAAAUUCAAAAACAAUUGAAUAAAAUGGGUGUAGAAUUUCCCAUUUGGUUCAUAUCUCUCUCGAUGGAAGCAGCCUGUGCCUAAUUCCUCUCUAUCAGCAUCCACUACCAUUAUCCAAAAAACCUUCAAUUGAACCCAUCGCCGCCACGGUUGAGAUCAGCACCGCCGUCGACUGCCACUGCACGACAACGCUGCCAUCUCUCUUUCCACCAUUCAGGUAUUUUUGUUCAGUACCUGUUUGUUGAAAUGCCUAACUGAACCAAACUGGUUUGAGCAAUGAAAACAUAUGCUCUUUGUAUUUAAAGGGAACACAACAUUGUCAAACUGCUAACCCAUAUCGGUCUCAAACAAUGACGAUACCAAUGAGGUUCCUAUCAAAGAUGGGUAUUUAUAAGUUCCAAAUGCAACUAGUUUCCAUUAUUGUAAGGCUAGUAGAUUGUGAUGCUUUAGUUGCCACAGGCCUUUCAGAGUUAAGGUCUGUGAUUGGAACCACUAGUGCUGUUGGACUGACCCUCAAGUACAAUCCCAAUUACGAUGAACCCACAAUGUUGCAAUUUUGUGUCAGAAAUCAUUACCUCGUGCUUCAAUUGUAUCACUUGGAUUCAAUUCCACAGUGCUUAAAGGAUUUUCUUGGUGACCCAGAAAUUUGUUUUGUGGGUAAUGGCGGUUUGAGAAGUGGACUUUCUGAUCUGAAUUCUCAUUAUGAAAUAGAAUGCAAGAGCGGUAUUGAAGCGAGUGAGUUGACUGCUAAGAUUCUUAAGAAGCCUAAUCUUUUAGGGGUUGGGUUAGCAAGAUUAGCCGAUGAGGUUGGAAUUCCUUGCGUGGAAUCGCCAAGUUUGGGUAGUUUUGAUUGGGGUGCUAAGGUUUUCUCCGAUGAAAAAAUCAAGUAUGCUAUUCAAGAUGUUUAUGCAUGUUCUCUGAUUGGAAGCAAGCUGUUGGGAAUGCUUUAAAUUUCAUCUUCUUCAGGUUUAUUUU